UGAAUAUGUUUAGCCUAGAAUGCAGAUCAUUCGGUGACUAUGUUAAAAUUCUAGACAAAUAUUUUUUAUUAUUUUAUUAUUUCUUGAAUGUGCAACCCCAGAAUGUAGAACCGACAACUCAACAAUAUUUUUAGUGUACUGAAACUUGAUGCCACAGCAGGAAGAGGCACAGAGAAGCCCAGGACGUCAUCAAGCAGGAUUAAAUGUUACGUUGCCUGAGCCAAAUCAUGAGAAGCAUAUGGGAACCCUGGUCAAAGAUGCUGGGAUGCGCUCUUUUGCUCCUCUGGAUGCCAGGAGCAGGGUCCCUCUCCUGCAGUCACUUGACUGUCAACUCCUCAGCUGUCAUCUUGGGAGGAAAUAUCACAGCUUCUUGUACCAUCUGGAGAAACCACUGCCCCGUUGCAAAGGGUAGCAGAAUCCAGAUUAUUUGGAAAUUGGGCAACCAACAACUUCAAGGAUCCCAGAAGAGCUUCAGCAAUGGAGUGGAAGUUUCCAACAUCACCAUCGGCCCCUUCAAGGAACCUGUGACUCCCCUGAGCUGCUGCAUACAGGAACACGACGUCCCACAGAUUAUGAACCUUACCCAGAUCCAGGCUGGAUACCCUCCAUCCCAGCCUCAGAACCUCACCUGCAUCUUCAACAUUACCUCCAAGAACCUGGCGUGCCAGUGGGACCCUGGGAGGGACAGUCUCCUCCCAACCCACGUGGCCCUGAAGGGAUUCCGGAGCUCGAGGGAGUGCAAGGCCCUGGCCCCCAUCGCAGAUUGCAUUCCUAAGCCUGGCCAGCAGUCCUGCACUUUUCAACGCCUGGAGCUGCAGCUGUAUCAAAAAAUGCUUUUCUGGGUGUCUGUGGAAAAUGCCCUGGGCAACGUGACCUCGGAACGCUUGUGUGCGGACCCCAUGGAUUUAGCCUGGCUGGAGCCCCCGACCAUCCAGGACAUCCAGCUCAUCUCCGAGGAGAGCGACUGCCUGAUGGUAAAAUGGGAGGCAGGAAAGGACAGCAAAUUCAUGGAACAGGGCUGUGACCUGCGCUACCAGCUGGAAGGCAGCCUGGAGUGGAGUCUUGUCCACAACAUCACCACCUCUAGCCGGCAGAUCCGGCAGAUCCAGCAGUGCGGCUUCCUCUUUGGCAGCCUCUACCACUUCCAGAUGCGCUGCAGACGUCAGCCUCUCAGCUAUUGGAGCAGCUGGAGCCCGGCCAAGCUCUUCACUACACAGGAGAAAGCACCUUCAGGAAGUCUUGAUGCCUGGUGGAAACUGCGAGAGGCCGAGAAAGGGACGGAGGUGCAGCUGCUCUGGAAGCCGAUGAAGCCACAGGAGGCCAACGGCAGAAUCCUGGGAUACUGGGCAGCACUCAGCACCGGUCAGCACACAGGCCACUCACCCUCUCUGUGUAACACCACCGAGAGGCAAUGUACAUUUUUGAUGCCACCAGGAGCCAAAAGGGUUUAUCUCACAGCCUACAACUCUAGAGGUGCAUCUCAAGCCACAGAGAUCUUCUUGCUGCAGAAAAAAGGUCAUCCUGUGCUCAAGAUCCAGGCAUCCCCCCAUGAUGAGAAGAGCUUCCGGCUGUGGUGGGAUCCCCCAAGGACCCCAGUGACGGGCUACAUUGUUGAGUGGCACCGAGUGACCUCUGCAGCAGAAGACAGCAACAUUGAGUGGCAAAAGCUACAGAAUGAAAGCAUCAGAGAAACGCUGAUCCAAGAAAAUAUUGAACCUUUCCAGCGCUACAACAUCUCCGUCUACCCUCUCUACAGAGACACAGUUGGGGUGCCCCAAUCAAUAGAAGCUUACACAAGGCAGAAAGCUCCAACCAGCAGCCCGAAAGUGUAUCCCCUAAAAAUUGGGGUGUCCACAGCUGAGGUUUGGUGGAGUCCCCUCCCUGUUGAAGACCAGAACGGCUUCCUCACCGGCUAUACUCUCUUCUGGAUCGAUCCCAAUGAAGAAGCUAGAAGUAUUGCUGUGAACACUUCUAUAGACAUCCUCACCAUCUCAGGUCUUCGGCCUUCAACAAUGUACAGCCUACAUCUCAUGGCCUCCACGAUGGUUGGGAGCACCAAUGGGACCAGUGUUGUGAUCACCACCAAGGACAUGGAAUACCUGGACAUCACCAUUGUGUACUUAGUCAUUGGGCUGCUCUUGGCCAUGAUAAUUGGCAUGGUCAUCUGCUUUCAGAAGAGCAAAAGGAUGAAGAUGCAGUUCUGGCCCAGCGUCCCUGACCCAGCCAACAGCAGCCUGGGCAAAUGGGCCCCCGCCGUUCUGCAGGAGGAGACCCUGCAGGCCCCCAAGCCGUGCGAGCUCAGCCCCGUCAUCGUGUCUGCCUUCCUUGUGAUCGAAGCCGAUGAGAAGAAGUGCCUCUCCUGUGGGAAGAGCGAGCCCGGCCCGGCCACGGAGGACAGCCCAGUAGCCCUCUCCGACUCUGGUGCCCGCGAAGCCAAAGGAGCUGUGCCCACCGGGGGCUCAGGGCCAACCUCCUACAUGAAUAACCCAGAGCCUGUUCAGUAUGCCAAGGUCCUGGGGGGCAGCUAUCACCUUCAGCAAAAAGCCUCGCCCACCAUCUACAUCCGCUCCAGCUCCAGGCAGCCUCUCCUCCGCAGUCUGAGCCCCAGCCCGAAGUCCUACAAGAACCUAUGGUUCCACAGCGACCAGCCCGAGCGAGCGACGCCCUCCAGCUUCCAAGAGGAGACGGUUUUCUUGGACGGAGCCCUGCUGGAUUUCCCACUGCUUCAGGGCCUGAAAAUUGACGGGGAUGAAGACCUCUGCAACUUCCGAAGGCUGUAAGGGCCCAGCUGCUGUCCCAGGGCUGCAGGGAGAACAGUCUACUCUUUUGGGGGGUUUUCUUCUUCCUUCUCCUCCCGGAGGGGUCUGGCCAGCCAUUAUUUUGUCUUUUGGACUAUAUCCUUAUAUAGACUAUAUCCUCCUGGCCAGGAAGGCGGGAAAGAUAGGCAAUGUUCCCAGGGCGGAGUCACAGUUCUCCAGACUCAGAAGCAGACAUGCUUUAGUUUAAAUCAGGGCUCUCCAAACUGGGCAACUUUAAGACUUCAACUCCCAGAAUUCCUCAGCCAGCCAAGAAGUUGAUGUCCACAAAUCUUAAAGUUGCCAAGUUCAGAGCAAAAUGGUUUAGAUGAGCAGAAGGCAACCUCAGGGAGGAUGCAUAUAUUGGAGUUUCACUUGUUUCUGCUUCAGAAGCUGCCAUUGAGAUGAUUUGACGGCGUCUCCAAGGAUGAGAAGCGGCCUACCUGGAGGUGCUAGAAAGUUUGAAGAUUAGGUAAAAAUUAGGUGCCUUAACACAUUUAACAUUUCUACACCUUCAGAAUACAAACACUGUACCCCUCGCAACCUGCAGGGUGUGUGGCUCAUGGUGCUACCAGGGCUGUAGAUGCAGGCCGAUAGCUGUAAGUUCCCCCAGCACCACUUUUGCGUCAUCUUUUUGCAACUGUUAGGCCUGUUCAGUCCUGCUGAGUAUCAUCUGUUCUCAUGACUUCUGCUCCGAUCGGAAUAGAGGAGCCACAGCCCUAGAAUGGACAUUCUCCUCCCCAGUGGCUUCUUUUGUCACUGAUAUACGAAGUUUGUUGGUCGCAACAGCUGCCUGCCGGAUCUCCACAUUUCUUGAUUAUCUGGACUGUAUCCCUUACAUCCCUCAGCUGCCAGAGGUGGUGCUGUGUUCAUUCCAAAACUACCACUUUCCACCAAAUUUUGACUUUUCUCUUACAUAUUGCAGAUUUCUUUGGUGUACUCCUGCUAAGCUCACCGCGGCCUUGACGUGGUCCUUGAGCACAUGCAGAUCAUUCCAUUUCUUCCUCAAGAUUUAAUGGACUACGUGUGCAUGAAUCUUUAAAAGAAAAAAAAUCUCAAAGCAUCUUCAAUGAGCCCAUAUUGGGAGGGUCUACAAGAAAGGAGCUGCCGAAAUGGAUCCAUCUGCAAGUACACCUACUUCUGUAGCUGCUCCUCCUAUCCUAAAGGAAUAGUCUUGGAGGGUAAUUUUUUAUCACUUCCAAGUUGUGUGGAAUCCUUGGUGCUGUCUGACUUUGGUUGUUUACGUGCAGAUCUUUCCUUACUCAACUAAGUUACCUCAUCAGGGCUAGUGAUUGUGAGGUUUGUUUAUCUCCCUAUUUAUAUUUUAUUCAGCCAACAGAAAAGGCUAACCAGAACAAACCAGAACACAUCUUUACUAAUAGCCAACACCCAGAUAAGUAGGUAUUAACCUCAGACAAGCAACCAAGCGGAAAACAGUACCCUAAUUAAAGAAUUACCAAGGAGAAAAACUACACCAUCAACACUGGCAGUGCAAGCUACUAUGCACCAACAGGGAGCAAACCACACAUUCACUAGUGCUGGUGAUGCUACCCAGUGGGGAAAUAUCUGCAGGCAAAUGAGCCAGCUCAGAGAGUACCAAGGACUCCACCGUUCAAUCUUGAGCUACAAAUUCUAUUCAUACCUCCGGUAUUUACUGAACUCCCCAAUCUGGUAUCCCAAAAGAGAGCGGAGUUCAGCAAUCUGGGCAGGAAGGCCCACGUCUCCAUUACCGAGAACUCUGGUGCCAUUUUGGCUACUGAUUCAGUCAGUGAAGGUCUUCUGCUGUCCAGGACCAAGCAGACCAUCUCCUAAGCUGCCAAUGGUCCACAGAAGAAGUCUUUCAGCUGUUGAAAUGAUGUAGAUGCUUGUGGAGGAGCCCCAGCUGAGAAAGAGCCACAGCUCAGUAUGGGAUAUAAAGGGAAGAGUAGAAGGAAGUAACGGCAUGAAGAAGGGUGAGAAAGAAGCAGAGGUUUCCGGGUCAAUCCAGAUGGUCUUUUGACUGACUUGCAAGGAGGACUCAGCAAAAGACACGGGACUUGUGGUGGUGAACAGCUGCAAGAGGAAACCAAGGAUCGUAAAGAGAAGACUCGUUUGGAGAACGCCUUCGUUCCUUCAAAAUGCUUUUGCUGCUAUUAUUUAUCAUGUAUAUAAAACACCGAACAUUAAAGGUGCUCUUGUAUUGCC